AAAACAUAUGUAGAUAAUAAAUAUAACAACGAGGAAAAACAGGAAGGAUAGGCACUGUUGUAUUUAUUACUUUUCAGUUUAAAUUACCGAUAAUUUCCAAUCACACUGUGGUCGUACUUUUAAGUUAACAACUGUAAAAUAACUUGCUAUGGGAUUUGAUGAAGGAAGUAUAAUUUUAAAUAGUGAAAAUGAAACUUAUUUUGCGGGACAAACUAUUUUUGGCAAAUUGGUGUUCGAGCAAGACAAGGUCAAAACGUUUAGGGGUAUAUAUGUUAAAAUGAAGGGAUAUUGCAAAGUUCACUGGACCACAUCUCACACGGAAGAGAUUAACAAUCGUCGGCAUACUCGGACAGACAAUCAUGAUUCUUAUGAAGAAUAUUUUAGCAGGAAAAUGUUUCUACUUGGAGGAGAAAGUGGUGAAUAUCACUUGCAGCCUGGUAAACAUGAGCUUCCAUUUGACUGCCCCAUCCCUGCUAACUGCCCAUCAUCCUUUGAGGGUGAAUAUGGUCAUGUGCGCUAUGAGAUCAAAAUAGUAGUUGAUCGAGCAUUCAAAUUGGAUCAAGAGAAGAAAAGGCAAAUAAGGGUGAUUGCACCAUUGGAUCUGAAUUUUGAUCCAUACUGUAAGGAGCCCAUGCAGUUUGAUAUAGAGGAUACAUAUUGCUGUUGCUGCAUGAGCAGUGGAUCAAGUGCUACGGUGGUCAAGUUACCAGCAUCUGGCUACUGUCCCGGACAGACCAUACCUAUUGAGUUGAGUUGCUCCAAUCAGGGUGGAGUAGAAAUAGAAAGGAUACUACUGGCCAUACAAAAGAGAGUCACAUACCAUGCAGUGAAUAUUCCGGGUACAAAGCACGAGGAAUCCAUGGUGUUGGAAAUGAAGAAAGGCCCAGUUCCCGGAGAGAGCACACGCAGCUGGAUGGUUGAUAUGGAGGUGCCUGCUAUAGAUGUCUACAACAUGGGACCUUGCAGAUUUAUUGAUAUUGAAUAUGAUUUUAUGGUAACGGUGAUCCCGGGCGGUUGUCACAGUAAAAGUGAAGACAGGAGGUCGAUUAGAAUCGGCACUGUGCCCCUCAUGGGGUACCAGGACAACAUCCCCAACCCUCUACAGGACCAGAUGCCACAAGUCAUGCCAAUCAUGAACCAACCACCACCUACUGUCCGACCAUUUACAAACGCCUAUCCAAAUCAAAACACACCUUAUCCCAAUCAAAAUUCACCAUAUACCAGUCCAAACCCACCAUACCCAUCACCCAAUCCAGUUCCAUACCCAAGUAACACACCACAAUCAAACCAACCAUACCCUGGUAUAAACCAACCUUAUCCGACUGCUCAAAACCCACCCUAUCCAGUUGUUUCUCCAACUCAAACCACACUGAAUCCGGGCAGUUAUCCACAACCGUCUCCCAGAGUAUCACCAUAUCCGGAUAGAGCAAACAGCCCAAUGCUGAAGACUGGUACAUUUGGAUUUGUACCAAAUGUUCCUGUACCGUCUCUACCUCCCGGAAUAAAUGUGCCAUAUCCUUUAACCCCUCCAAGCAACCCGUAUGCAACAGCCACUGCACCAGAACCGGCAACACCAGAUGACGAUCAAAAGUCACCUUUAGUCCCAAAAGAGCCAACAGUGAUGCCCUACCCACCAUACAAUCCUGAAUACAUGGACAAAAUGGAACAAAACAAAUAAUUAAUAUUCAAUACUUAACACAUUCAAUGCCACUGAUUUAUGUGGACAAGUCACUGUGUAGUAAAAAAAAUGAAGUACCAUGGAAUGUGUUGAAAAACUUUUUUUAAAUAAUUCUAUUAUACAAUAAGAAAAGUAAGUACAAUAACGACGGUUUACUACUAAAUAACUUUUAAAAGACUUAAAAUAAAUAUACAUAUAUUUUUUAUAAAUUUAUUACUUACUAGUUGUCACCCGCGACUACGUCCGCGCAGGAUUAAAAGAUAGCAGCCGAUUCUUAGACCUACUGAAUAUGCAUAUAAAAUAUAAAAAUCAGUCAAGCCGCUUU